AUGAAUGUCACAUGGGGUUUGCUGACGGUUUUGAGUCUGGUGUGCAACACUGAGUCGAGGUGCUCACCGACGUCCUAUUAUAAAAACUGCUGGAUCCGACGCUUCCCUGGUAUUUUCAUCGACAUUGAGGAGUCUCAGAGGAGAGGAGCGCAGCUUUUGAAGUAUUACCAAGAGGAGACCGCGCUGAAAUGCAGCCGCACCUGCUGCCUCACGAGAAAUUUUUCUUGUAAUCUGGCCAUAUUUCACUAUGAUACAACUCAAGAAAACGUGAACUGCUUCCACCUGCACUGCCCCACACUGGAGAGCUGUAUUCUCAGCCACAGAGGCAACGUUGUUCUCUACAAUAUCACAAAAGGUGUGGAUCCUGACCUGUUGGUGUUUGGAAAAUACUUCACAACCAAUGUGCGUGUGUUACCUCACCACUACAGUCGAAUCAAUGCCUCAGAUCCACUGCCCUCAGACAAGCGCCAGUUCAUUCACCCACCUCCACCCUUGCCUCUGACUUCAGCACCCACAGUUAAACCCUCCAGCACAGCAGCCAAAGUGCUCACCACCUCUGCACUGCAUAGCACCACUCAGCCUGCAACAGUUUCCACAACUGCAACUGCCAUACCAGCGGCUUCUCCAGCAGCCCUGUGGAGUCCUGCACAGACAACGACCACUUCUCCUACACCCAGCUUUACUUUGCUUCAAACCACAGCCACCACCCUUGGCCCUCACAAUGCCCAGACCACUCCUGCCCCCCCGUCUGCUUCCACUCUGGAGGUUACCAUGACUACACAGCCAUCCACAACCACCUCUACCUAUCAAUACACCACCACCUUUUCUCAGUCAGCCACCGGCCCUCCAACAUCCACAGCCCUUAUGGGCAACAUAGAGAGCACCAAACAGCACCCCAAUGACACCAAGGGCGGCGUGGGCAGGAACCACACUGCAGGCAGUGAGGGAGAUCAGGGUGCCAGUGGAGAGGACACCUUUGGGGGUUUGGGUCAAGGGUGGCAUGUAGCCGCUCACACCCUGCUGGUGGCAGUGGCCAUCUGCAUCACAGUGUUGCUGAGCUGUUGUUGCUCCAUCCUGCUGGUUGUGAGCUGGAGGGGUCAGAGAAAGAGGAUGGGCCGCUAUCAUACGUCAUGGAAAGGGAAAAGAGGCUCCAUGCGUCUGAUAAAGUAUGUCCUGGUCAGAGAGAGCUCCUGA